AUGGGCUCGAUGGGCUCGAUGGGCUCGAUGGGCUCGAUGGGCUCGAUGAGCCCGAGAUCGAACUCGGGCUCGGUAGACCUGUUUGCCGCCAUGGGCCUCUCCCCACAGCCGACAACAACAAGGACAGCUGCGACCUCGGUCAACAGCUCGCCGACGGUCUCAGCUUCGCCCGCGUCGCCCGCGGCCACGGCACGCAAGGCCCCAUUAGUCUUUACCCCUCAGCGGACGCUUGAGGCGCCUGCAGAGCCUAAGCAGAAAGUUGCCGAGGCCGAUUCUGAGGCUGGGGCUGCAGGUGGUGAUGCUCAUGGUAAUGUUGAGGCUGACGCUAGCGCUGAGAUCAAGCAAGAACCGACACCGGAGCCUGAGGUCGAAUCCGAGCUUGAGCCAACGCCCAAGACUGUGCCUGAGCCCGAAGUCGAGGUCGAGCCGAAGUCCAUGGUUGAGGUUGAGCCUAUGCCCGAGGUCGAAGCCGAGUCAGGGCCCGAGGUCGAGGCCGAGCCAGAGACAGGGCCCGAGGUCGAGGCCGAGCCAGAGUCAGGGCCCGAGGUCGAGGCCGAGCCAGAGACAGGGCCCGAGGUCGAGGCCGAGCCAGAGACAGGGCCCGAGGUCGAGGCCGAGCCAGAGCCAGGGCCCGAGGUCGAGGCCGAGCCAGAGACAGGGCCCGAGGUCGAGGCCGAACCAGAGUCAGGGCCCGAGGUCGAGGCCGAACCAGAGUCAACACCCGAGGUCGAGGCCGAGCCAGAGCCCACGGUCGAGGUCGAGGCCGAGCCAGAGACAGGGCCCGAGGUUGAGGCCGAACCAGAGCCCACGGUCGAGGUCGAGGCCGAGCCAAAGUCAACACCCGAGGUCGAGGCCGAGCCAGAGCCCACGGUCGAGGCCGAACCUAUGCCCCAGAUUGAGUCUAUGCCCGAGGUCAAGGCCGAGCCGGAGCCAGCGCGCGAAGUUGAGGCCGAGGCUGAGGCUGAGACUGUGGCCGAGACGGACCAAGAGCUGCAUCCGACGACGAUGGUGCCUCCAGAGGCAGUUAAUGCGGCGUCAGCCAAGGUUGAGGAGCUCGGCGCUCUGCUGGCGGCCCGCGAAGAGCAGCUUGCAACGCUCGCCGCCCGCAUGGGUGCACUGGAGAACGAGAAGCUUGAGGCCGAGAUGCUCAACGAAGACCUGGCCGACGAGUUUGCCAAGCGGCUGUUCGUGGUGGAGAAGGAGCUGCAGGCGACGCAGGCCGAGCGCGACGCACUGAAGACCGCUGCUGCUUCUACCACACCGCUGUCCAAGCUCCAGGAGCGCAAUGCCGAGCUGGAGGCAUCCAUAGCCGAUCUCAAGCUUGAGGGCGAGUCGUGGUCCAAGAACAUUGCCCGCCUCGAGGGUCUUGUCAAGACGCUGCGCGGAAAGGAGAAGGAGCUCAAAACCGAGGCAUCCAAGGCGACGAGUGCUCUCGACGCCGCGCAGUCGCGGGUAGCUGAGCUUGAGGCGCGGGUGGCCGAGUUGGAAGAGGCCGAGCGCAACUACUCCGAGUCGAUGGGCCAAGUCUCUAUGGUUGCGGAGACCCAGUCGGUUGAGCUUUCGACCAAAGAGCGCGACCUCAACAUGGCCAACGCCAAGGCCGCCAACCUGCAGCAGGCACUCGACAAGGCCUGGGCCGAGCUCUCGGUCCAGCACAAGACGGUGACCCAGCUCAAGGCCGAACUCGAGGCUGCGCGAGCCGACGGGGCCACCUCGCGUGAGCAGGCUGUUGCCGACGCCGUGGCAGCCGCCGACAAGACCCACGCCAGCCAGGUCCGCUCGCUCGAGCAUGCCAUCGAGGACCUUCGCGACUCGCUCCGUCGCGCACAGGAGAACGCGUCGCGGGCAGAAGACAAGCACCAGCGCAUAAUCCAGGACCUGCAGCUGCGGUUGGAGGAGGAGGCAUCGCGGAACGAAGAGGCCGCCUUUUCUAUCCCAGCGGCCACCCGCCCGCUCGUCCGCCGCAUCGAGGCGCUGCAGAACGCAGCCGCUGAGAAGGAUGCUCUCCUCGAGUCGAUGGAGGCGUCGCUGUCGGCCAAGCUCGCCGAGGCUGCCGCUGCAGCGGCGGCUGCAGCCUCGGCAGAGGCCGAGGCCCGCGCUCGGGUCGAAGCCGCCACCACCGAGUCGGCAGCAGCGACCGCUACCGCCGACGCGCUCCGGACUGAGGUUGCAGCGGCCGAGGAGCGAGCGGCAGCGGCCGAGGCAGCCUCAGCCGAGGCUCGCGAUGAGAUCCGCGCUGCACGGGCCGCAGCUGCGGCUGCGUCGGCAGCAGCGGCCGAGGCGCGGGCACAGCAGGCGGCAGCGGUGGCAGCGGCUACUCGCGAAGCAUCGAUGGAGACACUCCAGCUACGCGAGCGGGUCUCCAGUCUCUCGGCCGACCUCGACACACUGCGCAACGCAUACUCGGAGCUGCAGCGCCAGCGCCCGCCGCCGACGGUGGUAGGUGCGGUGGCGGCGGUGAGCCAGUCCGCCACACCCGCGCUUCCGGCCGCCCGCACUGAUGCAGGCACCGGCGGCGGCUCGGUCACCAUUUCGGAGACGGACGGGGCGAUGCUCUCGGCAUCGGCACUGGAAACCAUGCUCGCCAGGGCCAAGCUGCAAGGUGACGAGAUCGAGGCGCUCAAGCGGCACAUGUCGUCGCUGAGCCAGACCCGGCAGUUUCUGGAGGACCGCCUUGUCGAGUCAAAUGCCUCGGCCGAGGCCCUCGCCGAGCGAGUCCACCAGCUCGAGGCUUUCGCCGGGCGCACGGCCGAGAUCGAGCGGCGGCUCAACGCCGCGCUGGAGAUCAUCGGCGAGAAGGAAGAGACCAUCGAGGACAUUCGCGCCGACCGUGACUUGUACAAGCAGAUGUACAAGGAGCAGCUUCCCGGGCUCGUCGAGCAGAUCGAGUUGCAGCGUGUCGAGCUCGAGGCGUUGCGGGCGCAGCAGGGCGCGAACCUGUGAGAUUUAGUCCGUGCAUUGUCGGAGCUUGCAGCUAGCAGAUGUGGAGAGUUUAAAGGCGGAUACAGAGA